UCAUCUUCAGCUAAACCCGCAAGUCACGUAACGCCACCCGCAGCUUCGUCAUCAGCAUCAGGGAGCACGCAGUCUGUCUUAAAAGAAUACACAACCUGCCGAUUACAGGUAUAUAAAUUAUAAUCUGCUCAUUCCUAGAGCUCCAGUCAGAGUUUCAUCCCUCAUUUUUCUUAUGUAAUUUGGAGUUUAACCUAUGGCAAUGCACAGACACUUUGUGAUGUAAACCCUUUAAACAAGUUUUAUAGAUUACAUGUUAUACAGGACUCAUUGGCAUUGCUGAGUUCUAGAUUAAGGUUACAGGUUGGUUACAGGACACCCUUUUUGGCGUUUUGCGGAAAAUCGCUACUGCGCGCUCAAUAUCAGUCCGAUUUUCAUCAAAUUUUCACCAAAUGUUCUCCAGUGCAUGCUAAAUAUAUGAUGAAGUUGUAAAAUUAACAAACAAUAAAAAAUUGUAAGAAUUAUUUAGGCAAAUCUUAAAUCGCGGUGCCGUUACGCUUUUGAGUUGUGCUGCUGCUGGUUUUAAGUUAUAUUUAUGAAAAUAUCAUUUUUAUACAGUAAAAUAGUUGUUCUAAAAUAUUGUGUUCGGAAAUUUUUGUUAAUUGUUUGAGUGAAUUGCUCUUUAUUUUUAAAAUAUCCAAAAUUAAAAAAAAGCCGAACACAAUUUUGAAACUGACGUCUUUAGCUAUGUCCUGUGAAAAUUUGAGAAAAAUUGGUUAAAAGCCGCAGGAGCACAACUCGUUUGAAAAUCAGUAAUUACCGUAAAAUGUUUCGGGAGAAAAUUGAAUUUGAAUAUUACAUUUUCAAUGUUUUUCUUAUUGCAGCGAAAUGUAUUUUAUUAAAUAACUCUGCGAGUUUUCAACAUUUUUCAUUCAAACUUGGUCAGAUAGUAGAACUAGUCUAAUGCUUUCAUGGAAACCAAUAAAAACAUUUUAGGCAAAAUUAACACUCAAAGGUGUUCUGUAACCUUAACGGAGGUCUUCUUAGAAUCAACUAAGUUUUGAAGUAAAACAAAAUUGUAAUUUGGAGUUAGCCUCAUGAGAUGAAACAUUCACCAUAUCUUCUAUUUGUUUUAGUUUCGUCUAACCGAUGGUACGGCUAUCACGGGAACAUUUAAACCAACAGACAUACUAUCAAGUAUCAUCUCUCACGUCGAGGCUAACAGAACUGACGGCGCUCAACCGUUUGCGCUGUCAACGACAUUUCCCAAGAAAACAUUCACUGCAGUGGACAUGGAGAAAACUCUGAAAGAAUGUGGUCUCGUCCCGUCCGCUGUUUUAGUUCUAACAAAACAAUAA